AAACUCGCUGCCGGAGUGGAGGGCUUUCGCACUCCGUUUCCUUGGCAGGACCGGAGCGCAGCGGUCUCCUCCAGUGUAUGGCUGAAUUAGUACAAACCUGCGCAACAUGUCUUCCUUGGUGUCUUUUCUCCUGGCAUUAUUGCUACCAGUGUCCAUGAGCGAGACCUGCUAUCGACGCGAGUCCGUUUUCGACAGAGGUCUGAGAAAGCUGCUCGGCUCAGAUCGAUUUUCCGAAAUUGAUUUGCCGGACUUUGUGGAGAGCGAGGAUGGAUUUGUGAACGUGAGAGCUGGCUUUUCGGAUGGCACGCUGCGCGGCCUCGGCAGCACUCGCAGGAGCGGCGAAGCCGUGUUCCGCGUUGACGACUCCGGCAGCCGACUGACUUUCCAUGUAGUGGGAGGGCCCCUGGAGGCUUACUAUGCCGCAGGACUCCGGUUUGGUUUCCUACGAGCAACUGUAGACCUACGCGCACGCAUCCCACAUUUCCAGGCUUCGUUCACCGUCCAAGAGUCAUCGCCGAACGAACUUCGUGUUGAGGUGCACGGAGUGAGGAUGUCUAGGAUUCGUCUGUUAUUGGACGAGGAAGAUGACGUCAGUUUGGACGGCGCCAUUUACGAAAUCGUAUUCGACCAAUUGAGGCCUUUCAUUCAGAAGAAGGUCGGCGAAGCCCUGGUACAGGAGCUCCGAAAAUUGGCAGCGGACGCAUUCGGGGCAGUGAAGCUGUACGCCGUGGCUAGCACGGAGCGCACGGUUCUUGCAGAAGACUCGCCAUUUACCCGCGAGUGGAAAAAGGGAUUGAAUGCUGCCUCGAGGUAUUUGGCCCUCACACAGGGCAGACGUUCCAAUCGACGUGAGAGCAACGCAUAUUCAGGAUCAAGCAGAGACAUAGGCAGGCUCACGGAACAGCGGCUGGAGCCUUAUAGGACUCGCAGGCGGCGCCCGCUGGGUGUCUUCGACGGCUGCCUGAAAACGCUUGUGGUGUCGACGGGAUUCGAGCCCGCACCUCUUCCCGAUGAUCUCGAACCGUUUGCUUUCUCCGUAGGCCAGGUGCAGGUGACGGCGGGUAACGUGACCGGCCUUUCGAAUGUCUCCGUCAACGGCAUCAGCUGGACGUCGGUCGGCGAGUGCGGUCUCCGCGCUCGGUUCGACCUGGCUUUCAAGGAUGUCAGGGUCCGCGCGGCAGCAUCGGUCGGCGCCUUCUUUAUGAGCACGAGCGCAACCUUCGACCUGCGGAUCCCGGCAUUAGAGGCCGUCCUAGAGAUCCAAGAAACGGAAGAUUCACUUCGAGUUAUCACCUACAACUUGACCUUUACCUCUAACGUCACGGUGACGACGUCAACUACGGGGGCUGUUGGCACAGUUUUCGACUUCUUCGGUGGAUUGCCCGAGAAGACGCUAGAAGACGAAGAUCUUCAGCUACUCAGCUCAUCUUCGCUCAAAUACGUUCAAAGAGUCGUCGACGCGAUUCGGAGCUUCAUCGCCGAUCCUCCGCCUGUACCAAUGCCACAGAAUUAGGGGCGACCAUCUGUGACUUUCCGUUGAAUUUUCCCACCCCAAGGAAAACAUUUACACGAAUUCUACGAGGUCGUACCGUGAGCAGGCAUGCGCAACAUGUGAGAGCAUUCUUCCCAAAAAGCUGCCUACCACUACUAGUCGAAACGUAUUGUUGAAGUAGUUGUUUUAUUAUGGCAGCAAACGACACCAGAGAACACAAAGGAUAAGCAACGAGAACGAGACGCCUUCCGAUCGUCUCGAUCUAUUUGCCUGUGUUUUGUGUUCUUUGGCGCAGUUUGCUGCCUUACCACGAAGAAACUGUAGAUUCUUGUUAAUAAUGGUUUAUUUCCUGUCGCGAUUGACUCUUAUUCGAUUGGUUGUUUUACAUUACCGGUUGAAGCUAAAACUCCGUAAACUUGUAUUUUUGCCUGGUUUCCACUUUAAUGUCUCUCGACACUGAACACACCAAAAUAAAUAAAUAAGAAAGAGCAAAAAUUGCAGCUUUCCUUUCACAACAAGACUAGUGUUUUCCGGGGGAAAUGUUGUAUUUUCACCUCCACUUCUCGCCACCUGACGUUCUUGCAUUUAGCCAUUAUAUAUGUACUAUGCAGCGGAAAACCUUUCAUCUUUUUUGUAAGCACGUUUCGUGGCAGUAUGUCCGAAGCAGCCGUGCUAUACGCUUCGAGUGCCACGAUCGCUACUGAAAAAUCUAGGAUUCAGCGUGAACAUGCCAACCCAAU